UUUUUAUUUUCUAGAUUGGUUAUCAGAUCUUUUUUUAAAGGAAGGAAGUACUGUAUUCACUUCAAAUAAUUUAGAGUUUCUCAUUUGACUUUGUUUUUGCCAUGCAAAAAUAACUUAUAGCAGGGGUGCCUGGGUGGCUCAGUCGGCUAAGCGUCCAACUAUUGAUCUCAGCUCAGGUCUUGAUCUCACGGUCAUGAGUUCAAGCCCUGCACUGAGCUCUGCAAUGGGCAUGAAGCCUACUUAAAUACAAAAAAAACCCCAAAAAACCCAAAAACUUUCAACAGAUUAUUGGCCAUUGGUUUAAUACUGUCAGGUGUUCAAUAAUCUACUGUUUCCUCCACUCAUCAAAACUGCCAUCUUUAUUGCUUCUUGGUCUUUUGGCUAAGAUCAAGUAUAACCAUAUACCUUACUUCCUUUAUAUAUCUGAGUAGGUCUGGAUUUUAUAUUUAGUUUUACUGAUCUGUUCAUUUAAUUGCAAAGAUGACUCGGCAGUUAUUAGUUUUAAAACAUAUUUUAGUAUCAGCUAGAGCUACUUCCCCCUUCAUUAUUUUCUUUCAGAAUUUUUGGCUUAUUCAUAUUCUCAUAAUAACUUUCACUCUUAGAAAUUUCUCGUAGAAAAUUCAAAAUUUUUACUGAAAAUUUAAUGGAAUUGCAUGAAAUGUUAGGGAGUUUUGACACUUUGUCACAUGUCUUCCUGUUCUUUUAUUCAAGUCUUAUUUUUUGAGUCCCUUAGAAACAUUAAAAGAAUUCUUUUACUUACACAUUAUGAAAUUCUUUGUAUCUCAUAUUUUUGAUGACCAUUGGUCAUUUUCCAUAGUUUUCUGAUACAUAUAUAUACACAUAAGCACACAUAUAUAAAUGAAGCUUAUUGAUUUGUCAGUGAUUUUUCCAACAAACCUCUGAAUUUUCUAAUUGUUGUCACUGUUUAUAACAGCAUGGUAACUUAUAAAUUUUUCUCUCAGUCUCAGCAGAUGUUCCAAAGAUGGUGAGGAAAGCAAGCUUCUAAGUGUCCCUCAUUCUAAAAUAAAGUCUUAUAAAAAACAUAAAGUUUUGCUACCAUUAAUUUAACUCCUACGUUGUCUAAGAGAGUAAACUAUUUUUUAGGACAUAGUUUUCCAGGCGAAGAAAAGUGGGUGCUUUCUUAUAAGAAACAAGGGGCCCCUCAGAUGCUGAUGUCACUGGGAAACAAAGUGGUAAAGAGAGUUUUGGGGAAAAAUGUACAUAUUUCAGGAUUUGAGAGGGCAAAGUGACUAAGGGGCUAAUUCUCACCUGAGCUCUAGAUGGGCAACCCAUGGAUGGAGCCUGCCUGGAAUGGCUUGGAUUCUCUUGUCCAAGAGGACUCACUGGAGAGACAACAAGACCCACCAGAGCAGGUGGCCAACUGCAUGCCCAGAGGAAACAUUGAGAAGACAGCUGGAGAAGUGGCUGUACCCAUAAGAAGGGAAGUGUAUCUGGAAGUUCCCAGCAGUGGGUUCUCUCAGAAGCUCCCAAUCCAUUCCAGCCAGAGACUACCCACCUAGAGGAAGUAGAGACAAAAUAGAGGUUGAAGAAUUAGAGAAGAAGCUGAUCAUGUACCCUUUUCCCAGGCAGGCUUCCAGUAGGAGGGAGGGUUUUUAUUUAAAACAAGUUUGAAGUAUUGGUGUCUAUAGUGAAUGUUUUUUAAAAUAUUCAUUUGUUUAUUUUUUUGAGAAGGAAAGAGAGAGCAAGCCAGGAAGGGGCAGAGAGAGAGGGAGAGAGAAAUCUUAACCAGGAUCUGCACUGUCAGCAGAGAGCCCAAGGUGGAGCUCGAACCCACAAACUGUGAGAUCGUGAACUGCACUGAAACCAAGAAUCGGAUGCUCAACCAACUGAGCCACCUAGGCGCCCCUAUAGUGAAUAUUUUAUUUAACUAGUUAAAUAGUUAUUAUGAGACUGGUCUUGUAUUUAAAUGUUCAACAGAUUCAGUCUUCAGAAUGAGCAAAGAAAUUACUCAAUCUGUCUCGCAAUGCAUCCAGCAGUAGCAGGGAAAAAAGGGGAUUCACCCAAAUAGAAACUUUGAGUGGCAGUUAGGGGAGAAAUUUUUUGUGUCUUGCCCAAUUUUUUAUGGUGUCCUACUCAUUUCAACAUACCAAUCAUUAGUCAGUGUGGGGUUUCCCAAUAUACAAUCCUACCAUCUGAAAAUUAUUUUUAUUUUACUUCCUCCUCUCCAUCAAAAAAAAAUCUCUAUUUCACUUAUCCAGUUGCCAUAGAGUGAAAUCUAUAAGCAUAUAAAAUGCCAGUAUUCAGAUAAUCGAAACAAUACAUAUUUAACUGGUCAUGCAUCCAAUUUCUCAAGCGCUCCAUCUCAGUCACAUAAUAACAUUCACGAUUUACUGCGGAUUGUACACACAAGAUACUUUAAAAAUUAGACAAAGACACAGUUAUAUUGCCCACGACACAAUCACAAUCCCAUAGGCACAUCACAGGCAUAAUCUCACAGAGCCCAUAACAUACUUUACACAAAAUAGCAAAAUUUUACUCACAAACCCCUUACUAUCGUCUCUCCAAAGUCGCAUGCAGUCUCAAAAACACAUCAACUCGCAUCCUAUUUGAAAAAUUAGACAAACACAGAGACUUUAUCACUUUCCAAACAACUGGUUCCACAACGUCACACGGAGUAACACAUGCCCAAGCUGCACAAGAACGGGCACAAAAAGCUACACGAACUGAAUGCCCGUGUGUGCCAGGCCGCACUCCGAAAGCUGGGGUUUCCUCACGGUGCGGGGCGGGGGUGGGGGACAAAAUUCCUGCCCUCCCCAAGCUCACACCAACUCGGGCUUCCAGUUCCCUCUUCGGCGCUGUCCAGCCUGGACUACCGGUUCCCUCUAGGACGCUCCCUGGCCCGGGCUCCCUAUUCCCUUCUCGGCGUUCCCGGCCCUGGCUCCUUCUGCUUAGGUUCUCGCCUCCCUCCCGUUCUCUCUAGGGCCCAGAACUCUUGCCUUCUUCCCCGGCCUUCCUGGCCAGGUUCCCGCCUCCCUCCUCUGCAUUCCCCCCCAGGUCCCGCCAUCACCCGCCUCCACCGCCUCGGUAGGACCCACCAGCCUCACCUUCGACCACUGGCCAGCGGUCUGCGCCUGCGUACUCCCGCGCAAGCUGUACCUCCCAAGUGUCUCUGCGGCUCAGUCUUUGAAGCCGCAGCCUCCUUGCGCGCGCUCGACAUCCGGGCUUUUCCAGCCUUGAACUACAUUUCCCAAAGCCCCUGUGCAGCUUUUCAAAAGAACUUUGAGCCCUGGGUCCUCUCUGGUUAUCCCUCCAAGUCUUCGCGCUCCGAGUGGCCGCCGGAGUCUGGGCGUGGCGGGCGCGCCCAGUGA